AGUAUAUAACGCUCAGCUCUGUUUGACUGAGAACAGAUUCUCAUAAUGUACCUGUUGGUGGUGGUUGUCUCUCUUCUGCUGAGCUUUGGUCCGGCUCAGAGUCGUUAUGUUAAGGAUAUCUUUAAAAAGAUCUCUGAGGAAACUGAUAACAGCAUUGAACGAGAUAAGCCAGUGUCAGCUAUAAUAGAGGCCAACAAACAUGCAGGACAGGGACUAGAUGGGGCCGUGAUCAUAUUUGGAGACAUCGCUGUAGCAACAGGGUUACAGAAUGCAGAUCCAUGCACAGCUCAUGGGUGCAAAUGGAAGAGAGACAGAAAUGGAAAAGUCUAUGUGCCAUAUAUAAUCUCCAACCAGUACUCUCCUGAGGAAAAAGGCGUGAUUGAAAAAGGCUUAAAGUCUUUUGAGGAGUCAACCUGCAUUCAAUUCAUGCCUCAUCGAGGACAGAGCGACUAUAUCCACAUAAUGUCUAAGUCUGGUUGCUUUUCAUAUCUGGGCCGCCAAGGUGGAGAGCAGGUUGUAUCUCUGGCUCGUGCUGGGUGUGUCCAUUUUAGUAUUGUUCAGCAUGAGCUGAUUCAUGCUCUCGGGUUCCAUCAUGAACAGAACCGCAGCGACCGUGAUGGCCACGUCAAGAUUAUUUAUGAGAACAUCAUACAUGGAAAAGAGCACAAUUUUGAAAAAAGAAAAACCAACAACCUGGGUACUCCAUAUGACUACAACUCUGUGAUGCACUAUUCAAGGUACGCAUUCACCAAGAACAAUAAGCCAACCAUCAUUCCCAUUCCUGAUCAAAAUGUUGUGAUUGGUGAAGCUCGAAGGAUGAGCCCCAAUGACAUCACACGUAUUAAUAAACUCUACUGCAGUUGAGCAAUGUGAUGCCAAGCCAUAUGAAUAAUCUGUUUGAUGACACCGUUCACAGUCACCAUCUAUUUUCUUUUUUGAUCUAGUUUUCAUUUUAUGCUUUUUCUUUGCACAACACAAUGUCAAAAUAACAUAUUCAAUCUAGUACACUCUCAGUGCAUAAACUGUAAAGAUGAUAUGUCCCAUAAUGUAUGAGUAACAGAAGCUUUUGUCUAAACAACAAACAGGAGCAAAUCACGUGAACUCCGAAUCUUCUUUAAAAUGAGAUUUUGCUAAAAUAUAACACCUCCAUGAUUGAUGGGUUCUGUGACAUUCGCCUUUGUUUGAUUUUAUGCAGUUAAUAUUCAGAUAUUGUUGUUAAACAAACUGAUUUUGUUUUUGUUUUUUUACUUUUUUGCUGAUAAUCCUUUUGCAAUAUUAAAGCUGGUGAACACAAUCAACAUUAGUGGUUUUCUUCU